CAUUUGCGGGUGUGGGGGCGGAAGGCCACCCAAUUAACAUUUGAGUCACUUCUCAUCACCAACACCUCGCACUAGAGAGAUGAGUACGAGGAGCCUUGACCGCACUCGGCCACCAACCGAGUGCGUAUUAGUGGGGGCGGGGGUGCACCAGAGCUUCCCGAGACCACCUAGUGGACAUCCUCAAGUAGGGGGGAGACUCGGGUGUCACACAGGCUGCCGGGGGUCCCGUCCUCCUCAGACGGACGGCUGUCCGGCAGAAUACGGACUCCUCCUCGUUUGUUUGUUCUGAGCGGUGAAAUCUAGUCAAAGUGAACUUGUUUCUUCUCGUACCUCGGACAGGCCACGCCCUGCACUGCCAAGCGCGCAGGACGGGCUCCCGCAGCCAAUCACAUGCGCGCGGCCGUGAGAGACGCCGCUCGAGGGGGUAUUUAGCGAAGGAGCUUGUGGCUCAAGGACACACCACCGGUGACUUCCAGAGCCCCCGUCCAGCCUUGUCCCACCGGAGACGCACAGGGGACGACGCAAGGAUCAUGCUGCGCUUUCAGCUCCAGGUCCUGCUGGCGGGCCUCUCCGCAUCAGUCCUCCUGGCCGGAGGGAGCGCAGCUCCUCGCGAGGACGGUCUGGACGACCUUCUGGGGAUGGACGUGGCUGCAGCGCGUCUGGACCCGUCCCGCACCCUCCUCCUGAAGAUCGUGUCGGACCUGCUGGCGAAGGACGCCGACGAGGUCCUUCCUGCGGCCGAGGAGCUCGGCCUACGACGCGAGGCUGUGCGCCAACUACAGCUCUCCCAGCGGGAGCGCAAGGCCGGCUGCCGCAAUUUCUUCUGGAAGACGUUCACGUCGUGCUAGCGCCCCCUGCAGGACUGCGCUUGGAGCUGCAUAUGCACACUUCCACAUGCAUUGUGUUCAACACAGUGAAGGUG